AUGAUAGAUAUGGACCUCGAUAAUUGUAGUACGUUUUCGUUUGAAAACUACAUGAAAGUAUUAAAGAGUAUGAUUAGAAAACUUCAUAAACCAUUGGAGCAGGUUAUAAUACGAUAUAAAAAAGGAGAAAAAUCAACCAGUAAUUUAAAAAAAAAAUGUAAUAUUAUAAACAAUAAUGAAGGAUUAUUAUUAGGACCACAUAACAAGGGACCUCUGAUAAAUAAUUUAGUGACGGAUCCACAGUUUAGUACAUUAAUUUUGGGAAAUUACAAAUUAAAAACCAAUGUGGACGCAGACUCAUAUUUUUGUACAAUUAAUAAUGAAAUUGUUAAAUUAAUUAAUAUUGCACAUUCUACAAACACUGGAAAUAUAGUUUUAAUUGGCAGGAAAUUCAAGGAAAAAUCAGAUUUUUAUGUUCAUCCUAUUAAAUCAUCACAUUUAGGAAUUUUUUCUGUUAAACAUUUGUCUAAAAAUUUAAUGUGCUGGAAUGUUAAAGAUAUUAAAAAAAAGUUAUGA